GGCGUCCCGGGAGGGGGCGAAGCGCGGCGCGGCUCCCCCGGACGCCCGGCAGCUCCCACGCCGCCGGCCCGGCCUCGACGGCGCUGCGCGUUUUCCCCGCCGCCCACCCCAGGGAAACCCGGCGGCAGAGCGGCUCGGGGCUGCGGUUUGCCUGAGCACUCCCGCGAGCUGGCCGAGAGGUCUCGCCGCCGCCGGGGGCGGGGGGAGGCGGGGGGAGGCAGGCGGCAGCGGGCGGCGCUGCGCGGCGGCGCACCGGCCGCGGCAGCCGCGACGCGCUCCCCGCCCGGCACCGCGGCACCGAGCGGCGGCCGCCGACGGGGAUUUCCUCGCCGCCCGGCUCCCCGCCGCCGCCGCUGGGCGGCUCCGCGGCCCCGGCCGCGCCGUGACACCCGCCUCCCGCCCCCGCAGCGCUCCGCUCCGCACCGCGCCGCGCCGCGCCGCUCCGCGGGGCACGGCAGAGGCAGCGCCGGCCCGCGGGCACCCAGCGCCCCGGGGCGCGGACGGGACGUACAAAAACACAAAGGAAAAGUGGCUGGACUGUUCUGGGGGCAAAAUGCUGGAAGUUUGUAAGUGCAACUCUCCGUUUGUAAUUACUGUCUGAAGAGGGGCUGGCUUUUUGUUGGUUUUGGGUUUUUUUGUUGUUUUUUUUUCCUCCGUGCUUUUCUUGAAACUGUGCUUGAAACUAUUCAGUAUCUGGGAGUGUGAGGGAAAGUGCGUUACAGGAGUUCUCUGCCUGGGUCCGUAGCUUUGCCGUUUAUUACUAAGGGGGAAAAUGAGCGCUGAGAGCACUACGGAUUUUAUCCGGUGGCUGGAUUAACCAGAGGCGAAGCACGGUCUGAAAGUCCACGGAGUGACAUUGUUCCCGACCGGGGGAUCCGUCUCUCUUAUUUUUAGAGGAACUACAGUUUAGCGGCAGACAGCUGGAGAUAGCGAUAAACCGGGAAGAGCGGCCAGCAAAGAGCGAGCGAGAGGAACGAGAAAAAAGCACAAAGACUAAACUAGCCCGAGCCUCCUCCUCCUCCUCCUCCUCCUCCUCCCCCGGCCGCUUUAUUCGCACGUUUACUGAAGACUUAAAAAAAAAAUCACUCCACCAAAUCUGAAAGAUUUCGGGCUCGCCGGGGGUGUCGGGUCCGCGCCCUGAGCGUGGCAACUCCUCUCCUUGCAUAAAUUUCCACUUCGAGCCCCCCCCGGCUCCGGCCCCGAAAUAAAGCGAAUCCGUAAACCCGCCGGGUCUCGCUCGCUCCGAGCAGAGCUCCCGCGGCCGCGCACCCAGCGCCGCGCCGCGCUCCUGCCGCCCCCCCGCCCCGCCCCGCGGCCCAUGGCGGCGCGCAGCUAGCGGCCGCCGGCCGGCCCCGUCCCGCCCCCGCGCCCGCACCGGCCAGGCUCCCCCGGCGCCGCCAGCGCCGACCGCCGCGGGGGCCGCGCGGGGCUGGGCCGGGGGCGAGGGGCCGCCCCGCCGGCGGCGCCCGGGCUCGGCGCCCCGCCGCUGCCCCGCCGCCCGCCCCCUCCAUGCGGCGCUGAGCGCGGACGCCGCGGCCAGCAGCGCCCGCCAGCGCCGCCAGCAUGGGGGACACGGCGCCCCCGCAGGCCGCGGGGCUCGGCGCCGGGCUCCUGGGGGGCGGCGCGGCGGCGCCCCGCGUGCACAGCGCCAUCGUGGAGCGGCUGCGGGCCCGCAUCGCCGUGUGCCGCCAGCACCACCUCAGCUGCGAGGGGCGCUACGAGCGGGGCCGCGCCGAGAGCUCCGACCGCGAGCGCGAGAGCACGCUGCAGCUGCUCCACCUCGUGCAGCAGGGCCAGGGCGCCCGGAAGAGCGGCAAGCACCCCAAGGCGGCGGCCGCCGCCGGCGCCCCGGCCCCCGCCGCGCCCCCCGCCGCCGCCGCGGCGCCCCCGGACUACCACCAGCACCAGCUGCUCGGCAACGGCGCCAUCAACGGCGAGCAGCCGCCGGCGGAGCAGCGCGCCUCGGCCCUCCUGGCGCUCCAAGGCUCCUUGAAGCGAAAGUUGGUGGUAAAUCUGUCUCCUGUCAACAACAAGAGGCCCAAUGGUGUUUCAGAGAGUUCUUUCCUUGACAUUAAGAGGAUAAGAGUGGGUGAUAAUCUCUCAAUGGGACAAGGUGGACAUCAUGUUAACAAUUGCCAAAGCCAGUCAAUGUCAGGAACUAUGCCUAUGGGGCAAGGAUCACAAAGAAAGUCUAGCAACCUAGCAAACAGUACACAUCCUAGUGGGAAUGGUAUGUUUAAUAUGACUUUGAAAGAGGUGAAGAAAGAACCAGGAGAAACGAUGUCAUGCAGCAAACAUUUAGAUGGUCAGAUGUCCCAUGAGAACAUGUUCCCUAACAGAUAUGGGGAAGACUCAGGGGAACAAAUGAUGGAUCCAGAGCUUCAGGAACUAUUUAAUGAACUGACUAACAUAUCAGUGCCACCAAUGAGUGAUCUUGAGCUAGAAAAUAUGAUAAAUGCCACCAUAAAACAAGACGAGCCAUUCAACAUUGACCUUGGGCAGCAGAGCCAGAGGGGCCCUGUGAGAUCUCUGCAGAUGGAGAAGAUGGUGAUAAAGAGUGAAUAUGCACCAGGCAUGAAUCAGGCGCCUGUGGGCUCCCCACAGAUGAGACCUUCUUCUACAGGUCCAGCCUUCACUAUGGCCACCGCUGCCAUGUCCACCUCUUCACCCAUCCCUUCGGUACCUCAGAGUCAGACACAAGUAUCACAGGUUUCUUCUGUGUCUAACCGACCGUUGCCUAACUGGCAGGAGGUGUCUCAUGCACAGCAGCUCAAACAGAUAGCAGCCAACCGGCAGCAGCAUGCCUUGAUUCAGCAGCAACAGCAGCAGCAGAACCAGACGGCCAACUGGUCCACCUUGUCUCCAUCUGGACCUUCCCCUGGACCCUUUGUGCAGGAGAAAAUCCCCAGUCCUUCCUUUCGUCAGCAGCAGUUCAGCCCACAAAACUCAGCAAUGCUUGGGGUACCAGUGAAUGGAAAUCAGUCAAAAGGGAUGAACAACUAUGUUUAUAAACCGACGACUCCCCAGAGCAAUCCCAUGGACAUAAUCAUGCAACAGAAGCCUCAGGACCUCAACAGAAACUUCAUCAACAGCGCUCAGCCACCACUAGAGCAGCAUCAUGGCAACACAAAGCCUUUAUUUCACUUUAACUCAGAGCAAACAAACCAGCAGAUGCCUUCAGUUUUGGGUUCCCAAAGCAAGCCUACCCUUCUGCACUACACACAGCAGGCCCAGAGUUCAGCCCCAGUGCAACAGCCACAGCAACAGCCGCAACAGCAGCCACAGCCACAACCUGCUCAGCCUCUCCCGAACCAACCUCUUCAAAGGCCACCCAAUGUACCCCUAGCCAUGCAGCAAAAAAUGAUGCUUCAGAAAAUGCAGCAAAGCCAGCAAAUCUCAGGUUUGCAGUAUCCAGUCUCUCAGCAGCAUAGACAGGAUCAACACUCUGUGGUGGGCCAGGGAGCUGGCCCCACUCCAAGUUCCAGUUCUUGCUCAAAUCCAAACACUGGAAGUGGUUACAUGAACUCAUCCCAGCAAUCAAUGUUGAAUCAGCAACUGAUGGAAAAGAAACAGGCUCUGCAAAGGCAGAUGAUGGAGCAAAAACAGCUCCUUCUACAGCAACAGAUGUUGGCGGAAGCAGAGAAGAUUACUCCACAAGAUCAGCUAAAUAGACACUUGACACGACCACCACCAGAUUAUAAAGACCAAAGAAGGAAUGUGGUCAACAUGCAACAAGCAAACCAAUAUUCUGGAGGUUCACCUGCUGCGAGUAUGAGCUCCAACAUGUCCUUAUCAAACCCCAUUUCUACUCAUAGCAUCAUGCCCCAGAGCUCCAGCCUCAUGUCCACCCCUGCUGGGACGCGAAUGCCUUCUCUUCCUGCAGCUCGGGGUAUGGGCUGCUACGGGAACCCUCCUUGCAACCAACCAAGCGCGUACAAUGUGACUUCAGGCAUGAACCAAAUGCAGCCACACAGAAACCAAAAUCAAGUCCUGCCCGGUCAGAAUAACCCCAUGAUGUCUCGACCGCAAACCAUGACGCAGGGAAACAACGUAGCAGCUUUUGGGACUGGGUCAGUGGUCAACUCACAGCAAGUAAGACCAACCUUGAACCAUGGAGCCACAGGUAUACCCACGCAAAGACCGGCCAACGUGAUGAUCACGGCUACGGCCACUGCUCAGAACUGGGCCUCACAAGAAGCCGCAGUGAAGCAGCAGGACACACUGAAACCCGCAGGAGUUCGUUUCCCCACAGGCACUCCGUAUCCUAACCAGUCUUUGCAACGCACCAUAGGCAACCAGCAUUUUCCUCAGCGUGCAUUGGCACCUCCUAACCAAUUAACAGCAGGAGUUCAAAUGAGGCCUCCUCUAAACCAAAUGCACCAGACUCUAAAUGGACAAUCUGCUGGUUCACUAAGAGGUCUAAGCAUAAGACCUAACCAGCUGAGAGGACAGACAGUGCCUACGCUGAAUCAGCCAGGAACAAGUAUGACACCUCCAACCUCUCUGCCAUCAACCGGUUUCACAUCUACCAACCAAAACUCUCGGGCUUACCAAGGAACUGACCAUGGUAAUGACUUAGGGUUUGACUUUCUGAACCAGCAAGGUGACAGUAUAGGACCUGCGCUCAACAGUGACUCAGACUUUAUAGAUUCUUUACUGAAAACAGAACCUGGUAACGAUGACUGGAUGAAAGACAUCAAUCUUGAUGAAAUUUUGGGGAACCACUCAUAAGUGACAGUACCAAGGGUGAAACAGAUAAAGAGGCAGUAAGGACAUUAGCUUUCUCUUUAGAUGCCAACAGUCUGCUUUAUUAAUGUACACUCUAGUAAUUGGGCUGUCCUUCAAAAUACCCCAUAAAGCUAUUGCCCCAUUUGAAGAGUUGCUCUAGGAACAAAGUUGAAGUCUCCCCCAAUGAAACAAUAAUGUGAGUGACAUUCAUACCUGUCACAAAGGAGUGAGAACACACGAAGGGUCUGUUCCCCACACUGGUGCCAGCGCAAUGUAAAUGCAUCAGCUCUUCUCACGAGUGCUGUGUGAAAACGUAUACAGCUUCCCACACAUGCAAGACCCAGACAGUGGUAUGGGUUAUGAAACAUCAUUUCUCUCAGUGCAAGUAGCAACCCCCAAGGGGUCCAGAGCUCUUCAGCCAUCAUGUUCAUAGCCCUUGACUACCUUGGGACUCAGCCCUGACAGGAUCAGACCCUGUGUAAAUCUCAGUGUAUUACAAAAAACUGUUUACUUCUACAUAGUACAAACUCUCAUUUGCUUUUCUGUUGAUUUUGUUUUAAACCCUCUUUAUUUUGUAGCACACAAGAGAGUAAGUGGUCCCAUCCAAGAAAAGAAGAAAAUAGAUUCUGUGACAGGCAUCCAGUGUGUAAGUCAGUGUGCUCUAGUUUUUACUUUUUCCCUUUUGUCAGUGCUUGCCCUGAGUGACAGAGGAGGCUACUUUCUUGUCAGCAGCACAAUCACUCCAGGCAUUGAGGGAAGCAGGAGAUGAACUAUUCCAAAGCUCAAGAGCCUCACUUUGCCACCUUGCCCUACCCAAGGGACUCCAAGUCCAAGUGACUUUAAAGGACAAUUUGAAUGAGAAAGGUGCUCAGAAUUUGGCCCUCACAGACUACUUUCCCAAGCCAGCUUAGAGGAGGGCAACUACAUGAAGCCACUCAGCUAAGCCAAAAUAACUAUCUCCAUUUUCAUCUUAACCCAUGGCAAAUGCCAAAUACUUCAUCUUGGUCCUCUUCUAUCAAACAGGUUAAUCCUUGCAGAAAUGCCAGCAUGUCUUUGUCUGGAGAGAGACUUCCAUUUUGAUUGCACAGCAUUUUGGUUCCAUCCCCCUUUCCAUUGCUCUCUCUUGCCAUAGUAGGGACUCGAAAGAGGUCUGCUAAUGGCCCAGAUGCCCACAGCCUUUAAGCAGAGUAUGGGAGUACUGCCUCAGCAUGCAUGACAGAUCAGUUGUAACCACCUGGGUUACUUGCAGUAGGAGGCUCCACUCAGCCACAUCUGUACUUGUAAAUGAAAUAGUUUCUGGGAACAUUCCUGGGCGCUGGAACUCAGUCAUCUGUUCUGGGUUUGGGGACAGCUCAGCUAACAAUGCCUUGAGCUUUUCUGUGUGUGGCUAAGGAGUUAACCUGGGCCAAGGACCAUUCUCAUAGAUAGUUUGCAGCCAGCUUGCCUUGGAGGCUAACAGAAGAGAAUAAUAAGGAUACAGGUUGUUCCAUGCCAUUUGACCUCAGUGCCAGAGAACAGUCUUGUCCAUAUUAAAUUUACUCAUAUAGACUUAGUCAGUAAGGCUGACCACAGAAGGUGGUCCUAUGUCAGUAUAAAGCAAUUCCACAGUGAGUCUGACAGGAGCAUUCAUAGAUAGGAACAGAUCUUGCAAAUCAAAUGAAAAUGCUGUUCUUUAAAAUGAUGUGGUGAGACAUGUUUCACAGUCUCCUCUGAAUUAGCUAAGACUAGAUGUGGCAAAGGAAUACAAAGCCUACUUUCAGAUGCCUCAGCGCCAAGAGGCAUUGCUCUACCCAGUAGGAAGUGCUUUAUUCAUCCUUGUUAGUGGCAGUGGAAUGAGUAGACUACUUGACAAUAGCCUCUGUACUUAUCUGACCUAUUUCUCAAGAGAGUUUUUAAUAAGGCUUUUCCAGUCAUUUCACCCUGUCAUUUCUUGUGGGCACAAUUUUUCCUGAUGCUCCAAGAAACAUGCUCUUGCACACACACAAGCACCAUCACCUACAGGAAAGGUAUAGCAUGUGCAUUUGGCUAGAUCUACCAGUUGAGGCAGGCUGGAUCCAUGAUGCUGUUCAUUCCCAGACAUGUUUUUCAUAAGACGGAUGAGAAAGCCCACGGAAGAGUCCCUUCUGCACCAGCUAAGAUUGUUACACACUCCUGCACUGCAUAACAUGGGUGGCUGCCCAGAAAGCUCUCUCUUCUCCCCAGUUUAGGCUAGGGUACAUGUCCCUUUUGGUAUGCCAGAACCAAUGAAGGAAAUUUUUUCCAAGUCUUUAAACAGCUUUGCAGCUCAGGUCACUGGCCCCCCACUUAGGUUUGGAGUGAUACAGAAGCAGCCUAACAAAUGAUUCCCCUAUAAAUUGUGCAAAACUAGACCGAAAUAGUAGCUACAUGAGUUUAAAGGGGAGGGAAGAUCAGCUCUUCUGUCUUACAAACACAGGCACACACAGUCCAUGAGCAGGUCAGCAGUGAUUGCCUAAGGUCUUGCAUGAACAGACAAUUGCUGUGUUACUAAGGCUGAGGCUCUGUUGGUCUCAUCACGAGCAAUGAACAUUGAAGUCUGAUAACUUCAGCAGCUACUGUCAUGGGCCAUUGAAAAAGCCACUACUGUUUUCUGUACUAAGACCAGAUUGUUUUUGAGUGUCCAGAUCCUCAAAUGAUGUAAAAAAAUUGUUCAGCUGAGGAGCUGGUCCUAAGUCUUCAAGAUACCAAUCACUGCUGGAUUCAAUGCUGAGCUUUGUUCCAUUGGCCCCAGCCUGCAGUGGACAAGAUACUGGGCUGUAAGUGCCAUCACUGGAAUGAUAAAUUAAUUCUGUUUCUAGUAAAUGCAACAAGGUAAAGGUCAUGUGCAGUCCUGUAAAGAUAUACCUGAUGCAUUUGAAAUUGUGAGCUUGUGAAAGACUCUUGCAACCAAAACUUGAAUCCAGUAUCAUUUCUUCAGAACACUUAUAUCUUAACAAAGUUAUUGUCUUUUUUUCUCAUUCUUUUGCAAUGGCUAAGUGCACUACCCUUAUAGUCUAUUUUUCAUCAUUGACCGGGCACUCUUCGCAGUAUUGGGUUGUAAAUAUAAAGAAUUAUUUGUUUUGUAAACUUUUGUAAAAAAACAAAAAAGUAAUAAUAUUUUGGUAGGAAUAAUAAAAAUCAUAUUAUUUGGGUUAUAUUUAUACAUAUGUGAAAUAAAUAUACUAUCAAAAAGUUGUAUUUUAUACAAAAAGUCAAUGGUUACCUUUUGUAUUCUAUAUACAAAAUUUUGUAUGAUAUGAUUGUUUAUUUUUAUCUGCAGACUUCAACUUUGGAUUUUGGGGGCGGGCAGAAUGGGAUCAUUGUUAAAUAGUUGGGCCUGACCCCAAGCUCACUGAAACCAAUGGAGUCUAUCCAUUGCCUUCACAGGGCUUUGAAUCAAGCCUUUAAAUCAGCUUCAGAUAUGUUUAAAAUCUGAAGCUCUCUGGAAACCUCAACAUGAAAACAUUCCAGGUUUCAAAUUUUUUCCCUGAAAAAGGCUAUUAUUAUUAUUAUUAUUGUUAUUAUUAUUGUAACUCUUGGGAGGCAGGUGUGACCUAUGUAACUGUCAUGUCCUUGUUGCAUGUAUGUCUGCUUUAUACUUUCCUCAUAUUAUAAACCAGUGUUUCUCUAUACAGACUGAAAGGAAAAGUUGCUGUACAGAAAUGUUUGUGUUUAUGCAUUUUUACAUGUGGCUGUAUAUACCUCCUAGUACUAUGCAGUGACACUUAUUUGACUCCAUUUAUUUUUCACCUAAACAUGAAUAGUAUGUUUUUCAGUAGCUAUCAAAACUCUGCCAAGUAAAUCAAUCAAAAUUA